AAUGUUUAGAAUUGGACGAAUAUUUCCCUUAUCUGUUCCACCCGCUCAUCCAAAUCCACUAACACGAGUAUUUUUUGAUGUUGAGGUCAGUGGUAAUCCAUUAGGUAGAAUAGUAUUUUAGGUAUAGAAUUCAUUAAUAUUUUAGCUCUUUGAUAAUGUUGCUCCAAAGACAGCAACAAACUUUUUGAGAAUUGCUCAAGGAGUUUAAGUAGAUGGAAAGAAGCUUCAUUAUUAGGGUUCAUAAAUUCAAAAGAUUUUACCAUUCAGAGGAAUUUGGGGUGGUGCAUUAGGAGGAUCUAUCUAUGGAAAAACUUUUGCUGAUGAAAAUUACAGAAUCAAACAUGAUAGAGCAGGAUUACUAACAACUUCCAACCCUAAAAUUAAUAGCAAUGAUGCUGGUUUCAUAAUUACAUUAGGUCCUGCUGAAUGGCUUGAUUAAAAGUCAGUUGCUUUCGGAGAAGUUAUUUAUGGGCUUUAACAUGUGAGAGCCAUUGAAAAAUUAGGUAAUAAAUAUGAUUAGAUGUUUAGGUGGAUUAUCAGGGGCACCAAAAAAAUCUGUUAUUAUUAAACAAAGUGGUGUUAUAACUGAACAUGAAUAUCAUAAAUACGAUAUUAUAGAGGAACCAAAUAUUUGGAAUUUGUAAAGUCACCAUUGAU